GGGUGUUUUGGAGCAGAAGCAUGAGGCAGCCAAUCAGGAGCCGCUCGGCCUAUCCCCGUGAGGGAAUAAAAGGCCGGCAGCGCAGGCUUUUGACAAUAGUUGUAUUGUAUGGGUUAGCGCGUGGGAAGUGUUCUGGUAUUAGGGAAGCGGCAUCAUGUCUGGUCGUGGAAAGCAAGGCGGGAAAGUGCGGGCCAAGGCCAAGUCUCGUUCCUCUCGUGCUGGGCUGCAGUUCCCAGUCGGGCGGGUGCACCGGCUGCUGCGCAAAGGGAACUACGCGGAGCGCGUUGGAGCCGGGGCUCCCGUGUACCUGGCCGCGGUGAUGGAAUAUCUGACCGCUGAGAUACUGGAGCUGGCUGGUAACGCCGCCCGGGACAACAAGAAAACCCGCAUCAUCCCGAGGCACCUGCAGCUGGCUGUGCGCAACGACGAAGAGCUGAACAAAUUAUUGGGGGGAGUUACCAUCGCGCAGGGUGGGGUCCUGCCCAAUAUCCAGGCGGUGUUGCUGCCCAAGAAAACCGAGAGCCACAAAGCCAAGGGCAAGUGAGCGCGGAUACGAGUUCCCCAAAACCAAAGGCUCUUUUAAGAGCCACCCACAAUUUCAUAAAGAGCUGGGGAUCGCUCCAUGUGCUGCGGAAAGGGGAGGUGGGGGUGGCUAGGGAGAAUAUAACUUUGUUCUCCUUGUUAUGCCCAUCUAACAUAAUUUUGGAAACUCUGUUCUGGGCUUGCAAUAAUCAGAUCCCAGAACUACACACGUGGGUGAGUGGUUGUAGCUGCUGUCUCCUGUAUCCCUUCCAUCCUAGAGUUUUCAAACAGACCAACCCACACCCAGGGCUGAAAACAUUUCAAACUCCCCAAAGGUAGUGCCUGGUUCACUUGGGGUUAAACCCUUUUUUAUGCUCUGCUGUGCAGUUUUAUUAUUUUCAUCUGGGAUUCCUGUGCAGUGGUGCAUAUAAACAUCACACCCUGAAAACAUUGGCCUAAACUGUGUCCUAAAAGUGCACAGAAAAUAUAGUCAAGCUGGGGAAGGAACCAGGCAUCUGGGACUCAAGCUGGGUGUUUUAAGCCCUGGACUAAGGCUACCUGCUAAAGAAAAGGUGUAAUUCACAACAGCCGUGGGUCUCCACAUUGCAAGAAAUUUGAAUUAAAUUUGUUGCAAGUUUAUCUGGCUAGCUGGCAUGUUACUUUUUGUGUUUUACUGGAUUUUAUGCAUUAUUUUUGUCAGUUGUAGCCAAGGUUAGCUGGGAGGGUUCUUGAUACUGUCAAGAUAACUAAUAACGAGGGAUAAUUAAUUGUUAGGCCAGCAACUUUUUCAAGUAGUUGUUCCACUUGUCACUACUUUCAGACUGAUCAAAUCACUUCUUAACGUUGUCUGUAUUAAGCUGAAUAGAGUGAGCUCUCUGGGUCUAUCACUGGGGAGAAAAAUUAUGCUACUAUACAGAAAGGGUGUCUAGCCACUGAAUGCAGUCUAAAAGAUUUGCAGUCAUGUCUACAUGGGAGGAAGUUUACUGUGUGGACACAGACCAUUCACUCGUUCUAUGGUUAUUUUAGAUGUAGAAAUCUGAUCCUAAACUCUUAUGCUAGAACCUAGAACUCCAGAAUUAUGAUGUGGAACUAUCCUAAAGCAAAGACAAUGAGGACCCAAUUGCAGAUCCUGAACUCUAUCUACCCUAGGUCAGAUGUGUUCCAUUAAAAGUAAAUGGUAUGCGUAUGGUGAGAGAUUUCUAAGACUGCAGCAGGAAGAGAGGAACACAACCCAGAGUCCACCCAAGGAAAUUAAUAUUCAGCAGGUUUAAUACAAAUAAGAGGAAGUAUUGUUUCACACAACACACAGCUAACUCAGUGCCAUGGGAUGAUGAUCUGCCCAAAAGCAUAACUUGGGGGUCAGAAAAGAACUGGAUAUGUUCAGGGAGGACAGGCCUGUUAAUGCAGCGUUUCUCAAAGGCGGCCACCAGGGGCUAUUUUUGCAGCCACAGCCUCCUGGGCUGAGAUUGGGGAUGGGGGCAAAGCAGGGGCCCAUCUCCCAGUGCUGCCAUCAGGGAUUGAGCUCUGUUCCCCUCUGAAGACACACAUGCUGAAGGUGCUGGCUGGCAGCUGUUGAAUUCCCCACUUCACUUGGGGGGUGGGGGGAAGACUUCAGCUGGAGGGCUUCAGGCUCCAUCCAUGUGAUGGCAAACUCCAGCCCCCAAGCUCACCAUCCCCACCACAGUCCCUGGGCCCUGCUGCCUCCCUGCCCAUCUCCCCAACCAGGGUUUAAUUUGUCCCAGGGCUUGCUGGGGCUGAGUAAACUUUCUGCUGUGAAAAGUGAUAUUAAUAAACAUGCAAAUAUCACUUUUGACUGCUGCAGCCUUCCUAGCUAGCAAGUAUUUUUUUAAAAGCAUCCGAAAAAGCAAAAGAAACAACAACAAAAAACAAGACCAUGCAGAAUGCCUUAUUUGUGUUUCUAUUCUGUUUAGGCCCAGUAAAGAAUAGAGACAAUUGUACAUUAUUUUCAUGACCGAGUCUGACAAAAACCCUACAUGAAUAAAUUACAAUGAUUUGGACAUGUGUAU